UGUGAGAGAGAGGAGAGAGGAGAGAGAGAGAGAGCAGUAGCUGUGUACAAAUUAGUUUUUGCUUAUUUCAGCAUUCUCUCUCCCGACGCUGCUACCUUCUCUUUCUCUCUCUAAAACUUGUAAAUUUUCUGAGUCUUCCCAUUUAUAUAUACUUCUUCUUCUCCUAUUGCUUGAUUCGUAUCUUAUUUUUCCUGAGAAGGAAAGAGCAGCUCGAUUUUAUUCGGAAUUAUCGAUGGCAAGGGGAGGCAAGGUUAAUUACAAACGUAAGACAAGAAACAAAGUCCGACUGGAGAAACAAUGUUCAGAUGAGUCUGAUGAAGAUUACAAGGUGGAUGAAGAUGAAGAGUUUCAUUUGUCUGAAGAUGACUAUUGUUCUUCCCUUGCUGAGGAUGAUUCAGAUGAGAGUUUCGGGAAAUUUGAUGAUGAGGAAGAAGAGGAGUGGAUAGAAAAGAAGGAUAAGACAAAGAAGAUUGGCAAGCCAGGAGGGCGAAAAUCUUUUCAGACAAGAAAGAAAAAUAUGGUUGUGAAGUCUAGAAAGAAAAAGGUAUCAGACAGUGAAGAUGAAGAGGAAUAUGACGAUUAUAGUGUUUCUGGUGUGAGGCAACUAAAGAAAAAUAAAGUCUCACAUGAAGAAGAAGAAGAGGAAGAAGAAGAAGAAGAAGAAGAAGAAGAGGAAGAAGAAGAAGAAAAAGAAGAAGAAGAAUAUGAUGCUGAUGGUGAUAUUGAAGUUUUUUGUCGACAAGAUGAGGAUGACUUUGUUGAUGAAAAUCCAAGAAAGAAAUCCCGAGUUUCAGGAACCGAGAUACAUGAAGAUUCUUAUAAUGAGGAUCCUAAAGAAAAAGAUGUACUUGCAUUUAGCGAAGAAAAUGAAGAUGAAGAUUAUAAUGUGUCUGAUGAUUCUGAUGAUGAGGAAUUUACUCCAAGUGAGGUUUUGAAAAGUAGCAGUAGGAAGCCAGUAAGAAGACGAGUUUUAAGGACAAAAAAUAGGUCUAAUCUUUCAAAGGAAUUUAAAGAUCAUAACCCUGCUUCAAGAAAAAGGAAAACAAUCAAGGAGUGGGGUUGGGGCAGGAGGAAGAAAUCAACUGUAACUGUCAAUUCUGAUUCUGAUUUUGUGAGCUCAGAGUCAUCUGAUUAUGAAUUCACAAUAUCAGAAGAAGAGAGAGAACAGAUUAAAGAAGCUACUCGGUUCUGUAAGAGGUUGAACACUAAUUUGAGGAGCUCUAGCUCUUUGAAAAUGACUGAAGAGGAAAAGUUAGUUCCUUUAAAAGGAAAGCGCCCAGGAAGAAAGGGUAAACAAAAGGUGGUAGAUUUGAAUAUUGAGAUUGGGAAGCAAGUUUGUGGGAUUUGUUUAUCUGAGGAGGGUAAAAAGACAGUCAAAGGAGUUUUAAAUUGUUGCAGUCAUUACUUUUGUUUUGCUUGCAUCAUGGAGUGGUCGAAAGUGGAAUCUCGCUGCCCUCUCUGCAAGCAAAGGUUCACAACCAUCAGUAGAACUGCACGAACGGAUGGUGGGCAUGAUCUAAGGGAUGCAGUUUUUCCAGUUCCUGAGCGUGAUCAGGUUUAUCAGCCAUCUGAAGAGGAGCUUAGGGGCUAUCUUGAUCCAUACGAAAAUGUUCUUUGUACAGAGUGUCUACAAGGUGGGGAUGAUGCACUUAUGCUUCUUUGCGACCUCUGCGACUCACCUGCACAUACUUUCUGUGUUGGUCUUGGACGUGAGGUACCAGAUGGAAAUUGGUACUGUGAUGGCUGUAGGCCAACAGCCCUUGCUUCCUCAAAUGCUCAAGGUCUGAAUUCUACUCCUGAUCAUGGACCAAGUAACAAUUUAUCAGUUGGCUCAUCACCUGGUUAUGCUGUUCGUGAAACUUUUGAUCUCAAUGAGGCAUAUGUACCUGACACCCCAUUGAGUCAAGUAAGUGGGCACUCUCAAUCACCAAGACAUUCAAUUGGGCAUUUUCAACCCACUUCGCCUCCCUCUGGGUCUGGGGCAUUCACUCUGCAUGACAGACGGCGGAUACAACGAGUGAUACAUCGAUUUCUUAAUAGCAGAAGUCGACAACCUGAAGGGAAUGAUGGUGUGGCUUCCCCAUCAGCGAUUAAUCUUUUUGGUUCACCAAUUGGUCGUGGAGUCAUAGCAACUCAAAACACAAUUAUGCCCAGGAUGGCUAUGGCUCCACAAAAUAUCUUUCGGGGAAGACUGGCUGACUAUAGCACAUCUUCAUUGUACAAUAGGGAUGCCUUCUCUCCAAGACUAAGCAAUUUAAGGGGGGAUGUACUUCAGAGUCAACCUUCUACCUCGAAUGUUAACAACCCUUUUGGUGGAUUAUCACAUAGUGAAUAUGCUGGGAUUAAUGCAAGGAUUGGUGGGGAUUUGGUUCAGCAGCAACUGCAUCCUUGCAGCACCACAUCAAACACUGGGGCUGAUGCUAGCACGACCCCGUUUCAAUUUACAGAGGUGAGCACUCAGCCAUUCUUUCUAGUAAAAAACCAAGGGUUGUUACUUGUCAUGGCUACAGAUCAUUUUCAAGAACAUAACGUGCUACUUCAGAAGCAUGCCAUAUAGCUUAAACAAAAUGGUUUUACUUUCUUAAUCAAUGUUUUUUUUAUGGCUGUUUCCCUGCUGUCUGUUGAGUUGCCAAAAAAGAGUUUUAGAAGCUUUACUUACUCUUCUCGAAUUCAUUUCUACCGAAACACUUGUCCAGAUUUAAUUUUUAAACCAUCUCUUAAAUUUUAACCACACUACAAUGCAACCUUAUAUUCUCAGCUCGCAUAAUUAACUCUUCACUUGAACUUUUUCGUAUUGAACACGAGCUAAUAUUUUCGUGUUUUCCUCAAAAUCAUUUUCAUGCAACUACAUUAUACCUACUUACUGGUUAACUUGGGUGUGCUAUGUUGAAGCAGGCUACCGUACCUUCAAGGACAUUACAAGGAUCUCUUCACACUCGAUUUUAGCUGAAUUCGAACCUGAACUACGUUGCAUUGGACUAUUCCCAGCACAGCACAUACACACAAUUUUUAUUGAGGGACCAACAUCCAGAGACGUAGACACAUCGAAUCGAAGGUUGAUGCUUAUCUUGCUCCCAUUGCUUUGUGAGGAAUGUGGUGAGUAACAUGAUGCCCACCCUUCUUGUCUCAAAAUUCUGAUUUGGGUGACUUCACCUCCUUUUUAAGUAGGAUUUACUAGAUUUUGUCCACACAAUAUUUGCUAACUCAUGUAGAUUAGGUUGUUGCUGACAUUUGUUAUUUGUAUAUGGAUCCAAGAACAGGCCUUUGUACACUCUCUCCCUGCGCGAUUUAUUGGCUUGUCAUAUUUUUUUAAGCAGUUUGAAACUGCGUUUCUUCAACAAUCUUCAUUUUUUGGCGUACUCUAAUAAAUCAUCAUUGGUUGUGACCUCUUACUUUAA